AUCUGUUCUUCUGUCAACUGAAAUCGGUUCUCGCAGUUUUGUUUUCUUGUGUCGUCUUGUUCCUUGAAAAAGUCAAAGUUAGACGCACAUCGCGAAUCAUUCCUUGAAACAGCAAGUUUUUCCUAUCAAUCGAUAUUAGGCCGUGAUUCACAAAUCCUCAAUGAAGAGCAGAUUAGUUUUGGUUUGAUUGAAGUCGGCUCGAAUUUGCCCCCACCCAGCUGCGGGAUGUCUGCCGUUGUUGACCCAAGGAAACGGUCCCGCGAGGAGGAUGUCAACGAAUUCAUGCCCCUGUCUAAGCGGAUCAACAAUCUACACCUGAACAACAAUAACGGAGGGGUUGGGUUCUCAACGGAGCAUCAUCACCCAGCUGUAGUGGGAAUGCAUAUGCCGAUCCUGGAGGGCCAUCAGGCAAACUUCGCCCAGUGCAGUUCCAGUAGCAGUAGUUCCGGCAGUACCUGCCACUCCAUACCGUCGGGAGGAAGCUCGCCGAGCAAUGGAGGAACUAGGCACAUGCCAUCCCACCAAUUACAGGAUACGUUGAUCGUCAAUGGGGAAACACUGGGCGAAUAUUGUCCGGAUCUGGCCGAACACGAGAAUCCGCACUACUUCAAUCGGAACAAAGUGCUGUACGAGCUGUAUGUUGAAAGGAUGCGACGAGUGCAUUGAUUCUCCUGAUUCUCUACUUCUGUAUAUUUUUCGAGAGGGUACUUUUUCGCUUUAAAUUCUCUUACUAUGCGAUGUGCGUUUAGGUUUUAGAAAGCAACAAAAUUAUGGGGGUUGAUCCCCCGCCCAAUUAGUUAUCUGUAGGUCUUGGUGAAUCAUGGCGACGAAAACGCUAUCGGAUCGGAUCGGAAGUUACUUCAGUCAUGCUUACUAUUUUUUGCCAACCAUUUAUUAUUAUUAUACUGACAAUAUUUAUUGUAACACUCUGAAUAAAACAACUUGAAUUACA